UCGAAGCCGAAAGACGAUAUUCCAUCAGUUAGUGCUGAAAAUCCACAAUGGAUGGACAGUUGAAUUGGAUAUUUUAAAAGUACUUUUUUCGAAAAUGGAAUACGGUUGAAUUCAAAAUGAUUUGGAAUUUCGUUUGUUUAGGAAUAUUUAUAGAAAUUUAAAAGUAUUCUGAUAUUAUUUUCAACGGUUUAGAAACUGAUUGGUGCUGAUACUGGACGACCCAUCGACCAUUCCAAAUAAUCUAGCCAUGAGGAUUCAUGGCAGAUUCAUUAUUCAAAUAUCAGUUCUAGGUUUCGUCCUGAUUAACUAUGUUUGUUCAAACAAAUACACAAAUACAUGGGCUUUAUAUAUUGAAGGAGGAGAAGCAGUUGCAAGAUCUUUGGCUCAAAAGCAUGGUUUUAUUUAUGUGGACCAGAUAAUGCCAGAUUAUUAUGCAUUUCAACAUAGAAAGGUAGCAAAACGGUCAGCCAUCCCAAGCUCCUAUCAUCACAGAACUAUAGUCCAAGAGCCAAAUGUAAAGUGGUUAGAACAGCAAGUAGUUAAAAAACGGGUAAAACGUGACAGAUACUACUCAAGCAGCAUCAGCUUUAAUGACAAAUUCAAUGACCCAAAGUGGCCCAGGAUGUGGUAUCUGAUAAGAGGUGGUGGACUGGAUAUGAAUGUUAAGAGUGCCUGGGAGCAGGGUGUCACUGGUCGGAACGUGGUGGUCACUAUACUGGACGAUGGCAUAGAGAAGGACCAUCCUGAUCUGAUGGAUAACUAUGAUGCUGAUGCUAGUUAUGAUGUAAACUCUCAUGAUGAAGACCCACAGCCUCACUAUGAUUACACCAAUGAAAACAGGCAUGGCACCAGAUGUGCAGGAGAAGUGGCUGCCAAGGGAGAUAAUGGGAUAUGUGGGGUUGGGGUGGCUUAUAAUGCAAGGAUUGGAGGCGUGCGUAUGUUGGAUGGUGAUGUGACAGACUCUGUUGAAGCUCAGUCUCUUAGUCUCAGGAAUAACCACAUAGAUAUUUAUAGUGCCUCGUGGGGUCCAGAUGAUGAUGGUCGAACAGUAGAUGGUCCCGCAACACUGGCCAGGAAAGCUUUCUAUGAUGGAAUUACAAAGGGCCGAGGUGGUUUGGGUUCAAUCUUUGUGUGGGCAUCAGGUAAUGGGGGUCGUGAUGGGGACAGUUGUAAUUGUGAUGGCUACACAAACAGUAUCUACACCCUCUCUAUCAGCAGUGCCACUGAGUUUGGUAAUAUUCCCUGGUAUUCAGAGGCCUGUUCUUCCACUCUAGCUACCACCUACAGCAGUGGAUCAGGGGGUGAACGACAGAUAGUGACCACAGAUUUGAGAAAGUUGUGCACCGUCAAUCACACGGGGACCUCAGCAAGUGCUCCCUUGGCAGCAGGGAUUUGUGCCCUUGCCCUGGAGGCAAAUCCAAGUUUAACCUGGCGUGACAUGCAGCACAUUGUUGUCAUGACAGCACGCAAGGCAAAUCUGGAUGCCCCAGAUUGGACAACUAAUGGUGUCGGCAGACUUGUUAGCCAUUCGUUUGGAUUUGGUCUGAUGGAUGCUGGGGCCAUGGUACGUCUUGCUCGCAACUGGACCACCGUUCCACCCCAGCACAUCUGUGAGAUCCGCUCCCAGGAACGCAACAAGCAAAUUCCAAUGAAUGGCAAGAUGGUAGUUUCCUUGUUUACCGAUGGAUGUAAGGGUACCAACAAUUACGUGAAGUAUGUUGAGCACGUCCAGGCCAGAAUAACCCUCACUGCAGCCAGGCGAGGGGAGAUAGAGAUCUACCUUACAUCACCAAGAAACACUAAAUCUACUCUCUUAGCUCGACGUGCACGAGACAUAUCUCGGGAGGGCUUCAACAACUGGGCCUUCAUGACUACGCACAAUUGGGGGGAGGAAGCAGAGGGUACCUGGUUCCUUCAGAUAGAGAAUGGAGCAAGCUCAUUCAGAUGGGCAGAGAUGAAAGACUGGGUUCUUGUGUUGUAUGGGACAGAAGUCCACCCCCAGGACAUGCCCAAGACCACCACCAGCACCACAACGGCUGCCGACAGGAACAGUCUCCAUAAGCGGCACAAUAAAGAGGGUGGGUUUCCUCCAUUACCUAACCCUGAAGUCAAUAAAAUCAGGGGACACCAUUCCCGUUAUUAUGGGAACAGGAAUCGUCCAAUAACAUACCCUAAACAAAUCAACACUGACUAUGAGUAUUACUAUGGCAACCAUCCAUCGCAUGAGAAACACAUUUGCAUUUUUGAGACUUUGGCCAAGAAAAACAACAUGUCUACUGGUGAAUAUUUGAGGAUGGUGCGGUCUAAUCUCUCGGAAGCUGAAUUAAAGGAUUGGAAAAUGACAAUUUAUGGAACAGACAAACACCCCCAGAGCCAAAAUAUUUCUCAACCAGUGUUUUCCAAGCAGGCAAAUAAAUGUCCAGAGGGCACAUGCUUUGAAUGUAAAAUUGGAUUCUACAAGCACAAGGAUGAGUGUGUUGCAACUUGCCCUGAAUAUUUUUAUGGUGACAUGGAAACGGUCAUGUCAAGAAAAAACAGCUCAAAAAAAGCCAAAAAAGAGACCAUGUUUUUUCGCCAUGGGACUUGUAACCCAUGUAAUGAGGCUUGCAAGACGUGCAAAGGUCCUGAACUAGAGGACUGCUUUCAGUGCAAGAAGGGUUAUGAGCUUCGAGACAACUUAUGUCGCAAGAAAUUAAUCAUGAAUUUCUUGGACCCAGAUAUGCUGAGUUUCUUUGUCUGGGUCAUCAUCCUAUGCACCUCUGCCAUCUUGUUGUUUGGGGUCAUUUUUAUCAUCUUACAGGCAAGGGACCACAGAAUUCUCUGUUGGAAAGAGAAAAGACAUUUUGAUGAGGGUAAGGGAAAAUAUAACGGUGUUAAAUCUGCCAGUGAAAGUGUUGAGAGUGAACAGGAUCACUUAAACGUGGUGGUGAGGAACGUUCAUUAUCGACAUGACGAUAAUGAAUUCAUGUUGCAUAGACCAUUACCUCCCCUACCUGUGUCCCAUCAUGACCCCCACAUCACAAGACUCUUACACCACUAUAGAACUUGAGGACUCAGUUUCUGAAUUAAUGCUGUUAUUGUAGUUUUGUGUUCAUAUCUGUCUGCUGAAAAUCAAACCAUACUGCCAAGAAUGAUUCAGUGUUUGGAUCAGUGCAUAGUAAUGCCAAAUCAGUGCUGUUAUAAAAUGAAAAGUAAAAUUUCAGGGUUUUUUUUUUCAUGUGAACAAGUUGCACCUUGACAAGUAGGUUUUCUUGAUGCUGAAGUAAAAAGGGUUGUGCAAUGUUCUGCUGAAUAUUUUAACUAACCACUUCAUUUGUUUACAAUCGUAUUCUCUGGUUUGUAUUUUUGAUUGUUUUUGUAUAUUGUACAAAUAUUGUAUUUAUUGUUACAGUUGAUGAUUUUAUCUUAUGAUGAAAUAUAAUGAAUUUAUAAUGGACAAGUACCACUACUAAUCAUAUGUUGUUGAAAGUGUCUGUCUGUUGUGUAAGGGCAUUUAAAGUCAGCAACAUGAACUGGUAUCACAAUGUUUGAUUUGAGACUUGGAUGACCUUAUUAUUAAAAUUGAAAUAUUCAUAAAAAACAAGAAAAUAUAUAUUACCUAUCAGUUCUUUAUGGAAAGUGGUACAUUUAUUUCAAAAUCUCCAUUAAUAUCCAACCUCACCCCCCCCCCCCCCCAUUUAUAAAUUUGAUUUAUAAGUCAAAUUUUCAAAAAUUUAAAUUAUGUACAUUUGAAGCACAUGUACAUUAACAGAAUAUGAUAGAUUUGCUUUUGUAAAUAAAGUUUUCUGUUAAGUUUAACCUUUAUUUGACCAGUAGAGCUGCAUUUUUAUGAGCAAAUGAUUUUUUUUUUAAAACAGGCAUUUUUAUUUUGUAUAAAUUUUAUCUUGUACCCAUUACAUAUAUAGAUUGAAGUACACAUGUAUAUAUGUGUAUAAAGGUCAACAGCAUACUAAGCAAUGUUGAAAUCUCUGUGUAAGCAUUGUGUUCAGUGUUGGUUAUGUGUCUUAUUGUUUAUGAGGUGUGUGAAUCUCGGGGUGAAUUUUGGCCAGUUUUCUUUAUCUUGUAAGAUUAGUCUGCUUAAUAUUGUCCUUAAAUUAUUAGUUCAUUCACAAAUGUACUAGAAAUCCAAAAACAUAUUCACAGCACACAUUUUUGGUAUUCUGGUGCACAUUGUGUCAUUUUGUUAUAAUUGGUGUAUUAGAAACUUUUUUGUAAAGAACAAAUGUUACCAAUGUCCUCAGUAAGAUUUUUUUUUUGAAGAGACAAACUUUUCUUUCAGGGAUUAUAAUGCUAUUUUUUUCUGGUUUAUUAAUAGUGGAUAUGUGUAUAUGCACUGUUUAGAAUAUUGCAUGAAAACAUACGUGACUGAUGCAAUUGAACGUGGCCUUAUUCAAUCUAUGGUCAAAACACUGGGUGAUUUUGUUUUAAUUGAUACCAGUUACAAAUGAAUUGUAACCAUCUUGGGACACAGAAAAGAAGGUGCCCAGUAGACCAGUCAUAUAGCAAGAAAAAUAUUGUGUUUUUGCAUUUAAAAAGUAAAUGAAAGAUAAAUGCAUGCAAGAGCCACAACAAGCAAGUGUUAAAACAAGAAUUUGUUGGAUCUUGGAUUUUGGCUAGUUGCAAUGUUAAACCAGCAUCAGUAUUUGACCACUCAGACUCUUUGCUAGAGGAAAGCUCAUCUUAAAUACUUGUUAUAUUUAAAAUGAUAUAACAGCAAUACUGUUUUUUGUAAUUGUGAAAUGCACAAACUGUAAUGCAUAAUUAGAUAAAAAUAGCCAAUGGAUCUAGACCAAACAUUUUUUUAUCGCAUUUAUGAGAAUUUUUUAUGUUCAGUUGUGUUAAAAUAUUUUAGAGGCAUGCCAUUUUUAUGUACAUUUACUAUUUUGUGAUAAUUGAUGCAGCAUUAAUAUGAUUUUAAAAAUAUGUUUUUUUUCCCUCAACCAUUUACAACUUUCCCACCAAGUCAAUGGAGGCAUUCACAGAUAAUUUUUUAACAUGUUGCUUGUAAUAAUGUUGGCAUAUUUAUUCUGUUGUCACAUUUCUUAUUGAAUGGAAGUACUCCUACCAAUACACAAGGCACAUUGGAGCCCCUAACUAUGGUUUACUUGAUUAAAAAAAAAAUAUAAGUAAACUAUUUAGUGUAAAGACUUUGAGAAGUUAUAUCUGUUGGUUCAGAAGAUUCAUAUUUUUAAGUUUUCAUUUUGAAAUAAACAGUUGUUUCUGAGAAGGAGUUAUAUUCUAACUAGUUACUAAUUUCUCUUGCUAUAUUUUGUUUCUUGGGAAAGUCCCUUGGUGACACUGGGAGUAGUUUUUUUCCCUCCUUAACUAUGACAGUGAUUUUGGAAAUUGACAAAAGUUAUGAUGUAUAGUUAGGUAGUUAUAUAUAGUUAGAAUCUCUAAGCGGAAGCAUUGAAAGUGUUGUGUCUAUAUGUACUGUUUAUAAGUGUGUAAAGAGAAGUGGUGGAAAUGGCUCAGAUUUGUCUAAUUAAUUCACAUGUUUAGUAGUGUAAGCUAGAAAAAUACAGUUUUUUUGUUUGAACACCAUCUUACACUAAAACUUGACUCUGUAUCCUUAUCUGAUAAUGAAAUGGUUACUUUUAGCUCUCAAAUUAUUUAAACUAAAAGUGAGAAAAUUUGUCAUUCUUUUAUUUUUGAAAGAUAUAUGUUUGUUUUUUAUUUAAAGAUGACAAAUAACAUUUGAAAUGUCAUUCUUUGCACAAUUUUGUACAUGAUGAAAUGUAUAUUUGCUUAUUUCUUGGAAAUAUUUCAUGUAGUGUACUAGUCAGAAAUGCCAUAAUUGAUUAAAAACCAAAUGUGGUUUUUAUUGCACAGAUAUAUCCACUAGUUGUUUAUUCUGUACAUGCUUGAAGGAUGAGCAAAGUGAAAUUUUGAAGUAAUUGCCAACUUUGUGUUUUGAACAAAAGUACUUUUUUAGAAUGAUGACUUAAAAUAUAUAUCAAUAACUUUUCUUAACUUUACUAAAAUGCUAACACUUUGAUGCAGAUGUAGCUACAUUAAACAUUUCAUCUCUCUUACGUUGUACAAUACAUACAAUUUUUGUUAUAUUUUUCUCAAUAUGUUUUUUUUUCUUGUGAGAUGUAUAUAAUUUCUAUGAAAUUGAGUCAUAAAAUCUAUGCUGUUUACAUGGUCAGCUAUUUGACAUGUUACUUUGGUCAGUAUGUUGAGCAAUAAAUAAUAGAUCUUUAUCAUUAUUUAA